AUGCCCUCACCAAUGCCUUCGACAAGGUGGCAGCGGGCAUUGAGCCAACUCUCGGCCAGCAGCAACAUCGUAGCCUUUGGUGCUGUGGUGAGCGCCUGCGCCGAGGCGCGAGAAUGGCAACAAGCGCUGUCUCUUCUGCACGAGCUUCGGAGACGCACCGUGCGCAGCAACACCAUCCUCUGGAAUUCGUCUCUGACUGCUUGUGAGAAGGGCGAGCAAUGGCAGCUUGCGCUGCAUUUGCUUGGCUCAAUGGAUAGCUCUGCUCUGCAAAGGACACGGGUCAGUUUCAAUGCUGCCAUCUCCGCCUUCGAGAAGGGCAACACCUGGCUGCAGGCCGUCCGCUUCGUAGGUCUCCUACAGGAGACUUCUGUCCAGGCGGAUUCCAUUUCCUACAUCGCCGCGAUCAGUGCAGCUGAGAAGGGAGGGCAAUGGAACCCUGCCUUGCAUCUCCUGGACGAAGUGGACAAGAACUCUCUCGAGGUGGGCAUCGUCACCUACAACACGGCUUUGGCGGCAUGCAAGAAGUCCAACAGCCUGCAAAGGGCUCUACAGGUGUUGGACGACCUCGGCAACCGGCGGCUCCAACCAGACAUCAUCACAAUAAGCACGCUCAUCGGU